AUGUCAGAAGAAAAUGAAAAUACAAAGACUGCAUUUUCCUUGCUAAAAACUUUUCCAAAUCCCACCAGAGAAAAUCAGUUAGAAACUGCCGAGUUUCUGCACGCCUGUUCCGACGCUGUCCAGUUAUUCGAGAAAUUCGGAAAAGCUUUUGCCUCGCUUAUAGCCGAUAUGAAACAAAAUAUAGAAACUCUCAAAGAAAAGUAUCAUGAAAAUAUAGUUAAAAACCAAUACGUAGAAAGAAUGAUUCUCGGCGAAAAGAAAGAGACGGGAGUUCGUGGCAUGGCCACAGAGGCUUUAUUAUGGCUCGCCAGGGAAUUGCAUUUUUAUAGUUUAUUUUUCAAAUAUGCUACUUCUAAUGAAACAGAGAAGGAACAACCUGAGGAGGUGAGCUCGUUAUUUCGGAAAGCUUACGCGGAAUCAUUGGAAUUGCAUCAUGGAUGGUUGGGAACACAAUUGGUUCAACUACUUAUUGAAAAUGUUCCGUGUAAUAAAGACUUUUUUCAAAUGUUUAAGCUGGACAAUAAUUGUUACAAAAAAGAACGAGUGCUUCAUGAUAUGAGACAAUACAAUCAGGAAUUGAUGGCCUGCGUAUCGAGACUCAGGGGGUUUUAUGAUGAAUAUUAA